AUGUCGAAGAAUGGCGAAGUGUCGUCAAAUCAAGGUCCCAGUAGGCCUAGUAUGCCGAAACCAGAUCUGAAUUUGUUCAGUACAGAUAAACGUAAAGUAUUAAACCUUCAAUUAGGAGGCUCAUCAAGUGAAAGCGCCGCAUUUAUGCCUUUUUCCCCGAAUGCAUCAGCUCAAAAAACUCGACUACCAUCUAGAACUAUCAGGGAUGUUUUGCCAGAAAACCCAAGGGAUCGAUGUCGCAUCUAUCCUUCAAUGCAAUCAUCGGGAAAACUGCAAUUAUCAGCGACAGAGGUGUAUGAUUUUACAGCUGAUGACUUACAAGACCUCGGUGAAAUAGGAAGAGGUGCUUUUGGAGCGGUCAACAAAAUGGUCCAUAGAAAGAGCAACAGAGUUAUGGCUGUAAAACGUAUAAGAUCAACUGUUGAUGAGAAGGAACAGAAACAGUUAUUGAUGGAUCUUGAAGUUGUCAUGAAAAGUAACGACUGCCCAUACAUUGUACAGUUUUAUGGGGCUUUGUUUAAAGAAGGUGACUGUUGGAUAUGUAUGGAGUUAAUGGAUACCUCAUUAGAUAAAUUCUAUAAGUUCAUCUGUGAAAGGAUGCAGACUCGAAUACCUGAAAAUAUUAUUGCUAAAAUAACACUAGCCACUGUUAAAGCUUUAAAUUAUUUAAAAGAAAAACUUAAAAUAAUUCACAGGGAUGUCAAGCCAUCUAAUAUACUUCUAGAUCGCAGAGGGAACAUAAAGCUAUGCGACUUUGGUAUUUCGGGCAAAUUAGUUGAUUCUAUAGCUCGUACACGGGAUGCAGGUUGCAGACCCUAUAUGGCGCCUGAACGGAUUGACCCGGGCCGAGCAAGAGGAUAUGAUGUUAGAUCAGAUGUAUGGUCAUUAGGCAUCACACUGAUGGAGGUAGCCACAGGAUCUUUUCCUUACCCUCGCUGGGGCUCCGUGUUUGAACAGUUACAGCAAGUUGUUCAGGGAGACCCGCCUCGCCUCACCAACAAGAAUAAUAUAUUUUCAAAUGAUUUUGUCAACUUUGUUAAUACCUGUUUAAUAAAAGAAGAAACACAAAGGCCCAAAUAUAAUAGGCUAUUGGAGCAUCCAUUCAUUAAGGGUAUUGAUCAGAGUCGAGUGGAUGUUGCCGCAUAUGUGUGUGAGAUAUUAGAUGCUAUGGAACGUAACGGAGUCAGUCCCUUCACCACAGACCAGCCAGCGCAAGCUUGGAUAGACUAA